AUGCAGUCGAUUUUACAGUACCGUCGUCUCCGCCGAGAGGUGGAGGAGGACUUGGCAUACGCCCGAGCCAAAACUUCCAGCUUGCGUUCUAACGUCUCCCCAGCCUUACUCGAGGCAAAUGCGGAUGGCUAUAUGCGCCCGGAAGCAGAAGGAGAAAAAGAGCCAGUUCUGUCAACUGAUAUGCUUCUCGUGCCUGGUGUUGCGGUUUCACACCCAAACGGAGCCAACGGUGAUAUUGUCCUGGUGGUCGGUUGGAGAGACAACGAUCCGAGCAAUCCCCUCAAUUGGUCAGUACUGAAGAAAUGGAUGGUCAUGUUCAUGUGCGCUCUGAUCGCCAUUGCAAUGACGGUUCCAUCAUCUAUUGAGGGCGCGACACAAGAUGCCUUUGACGCUCGCUUUGGUGUGAACAGUAUGGCGGGGUCAAUGACGACUGGUAUCUUCCUCAUCGGUAUUGGCGUGGGCUCGCUAUUCUCUGGUCCUUUCUCAGAGACCUUCGGCCGUAACGCUGUUUAUUUCGUUACUCUGAUCCUUGUCAUUGUAUUCACCUUGGGAAAGGCUUUGGCCCCAAACUACGGCGCUGCUCUCGCGUUCCGCUUCAUUUGCGCUCUGUUUGCAGCCGCGCCUAUGACGGUCGCUGGUGGAACUGUCGGUGACAUUUGGCAACCCUUACAGAUCCCCUUCGGCCUACCCAUGCUCACUAUGGCCGCUUACAUGGGUCCCAUCCUAGGUCCUGUAAUAGGGGCCUACACACCAAAGAUUGGGUUCGUUUGGGCUGACUGGAUCUCUAUCAUCAUCGCUGGUGUUGUAUUGAUAGUCGUGAUCUUUGGCCAGCCGGAGACGUUCAGCCCUAUCUUGCUGGAAUGGCGUGCGAAGCACCUGCGCGAUCUAACAGGCGACGACCGCUAUCGUGCUGAACAUUCCGCUGUCAUUAGCUCGUUUAGCAAUCGGCUGCUGACGAAUGUGUACCGACCUUUCGUCAUGAUCUGGACAGAACCCCUUAUCCUGAUUUUCAGCUUUUAUCUUGUCUUGUUAUACUUUGUUCUCUUCACCUUCCUCAACGGUUAUCCCUUUAUAUUUGCUAACGUGUACGGGAUCUCCACGAGCUUGACUUUUGUCAUCUUUGCUGCUAUGGUCCCCGGUGUUCUCGUCGCUCUGCUUUUGGUUCCUUUGCUUUAUAGUCUUACAAAGAAGGCUGCUAAGAAAGCUGCUGCUAAUGGCAAAGUCCUGCAGCCGGAGGUGUCUCUCUGGUGGGCUAUGGCGGGAGCUUCUAUUUUAAUGCCUAUCUCACUCUUCUGGAUGGCUUGGACCUGCUACUCUUCCAUCAGUAUCUGGUCGCCGAUCGUGGCCUCUGGUAUCUUCGGCUACUCUCUUGUCUGCAUCUUCACUACAACAUAUAUGUACACCAUCUUUGUGUACUUGAAGUUUGCAGCCUCGGCUCUGGGAUUUAUGACAUUUUCACGUUACGUCGUCUCCGGCGCCCUGAGCCCGGCCUCGGUCAAGAUGUAUGAGAACAUCGGCCCCCACUGGUCGUUGACAAUCGUUGGCAUCGUCGGAACUAUCAUGGCGCCCGUACCCUUUGUGCUGUAUAGGUAUGGCCACAAGGUCCGUGCAAUGAGCAAAAAUGUCCAGAACAAGGUUUAA